AUGGUGACCGAUGGGAUAGUCUUGGGGCACAAGAUCUCUCACAAGGGCAUUGAAGUUGACCCAGCCAAAGUGGAGGUAAUAGAAAAACUCCCUCCACCCAUCAAUGUCAAGGGAAUUAGGGGUUUCUUGGGGCUUGCUGGCUUUUCCAGAAGAUUUUUUAAAGAUUUUUCAAUGAUAGCCAGACCCCUAAGUAAUCUUCUAAACAAAGACACUCCCUUUUGCUUUAACGAUUCUUGUUUGAAAGCUAUUGAAGCUUUGAAGGCUAGACUCACCUCUGCACCCAUAAUCACUGCACCGGAUUGGAAACUUGAUUUUGAACUCAUGUGUGAUGCUAGUGAUUAUGCAGUUGGGGAAGUCUUAGGCCAAAGGAGGGCUAAAAAUUUUCAUGCUAUUCACUAUGCUAGUAAGGUUUUAAAUGAGGCACAAAUUAAUUAUGCCACUACUGAAAAAGAGUUGCUAGCCACAGCGUUUGCAUUGGAAAAGUUUCGGUCCUAUCUGAUUGGUUCCAAAGUGGUUGGGUUCACAAAUCAUGCAGUAAUUAAGUAUUUACUCACCAAGCUGGAUUCCAAGCCAAGACUCAUUAGGUGGAUUCUUCUCCUUCAAGAAAUUUAUUUGGAGAUCAAAGACAAGAGUGGCAAGGAAAAUCUGGUUGCUGACCACCUCUCAAGGCUUGUGAAUGAUGAGUUGACCAUGAAGGAGAGGGAGUUCUUGGAGGAAUUCCCUGAUGAAAAAUUGCUCAUGGUGCAGGAACGACCUUGGUUUGCUGACUUAGAAAACUUCAAGGCAGUUGGAGUCCUACCUGAAGAUUUCACAUGGCACCAGAAAAAGAAAUUCCUCCGUGACGCUACCUAUUAUGUAUGGGAUGAUCCUCACUUGUUCAAUAUUGGCUCAGACGGCCUACUAAGGAGGUGUGUUUCUAGAGAGGAGGCCAAGAGUAUUUUGUGGCACUGUCAUAACUCCCCUUAUGGAGGACACUUCAACGGAGUGAGGACAGCUGCCAAGGUGCUUCAAUAUGGUUUUUACUGCCCGACACUCUUCAAAGAUGCCCACAGUCAUGCCAAGCAGUGUGACAGUUUGGACUAUGUCUCAAGAUGGGUUGAAGCUAUUGCUUCACCCAAGGUGGAUGGCAAAACAAUGGUGAAGUUCCUCAAGAAGCACAUUUUUAGCAGAUUUGGCACCCCUAGGGUACUUAUCAGUGAUGGAGGUUCUCACUUCUGUAAUUCUCAGUUGGAGAGGGCUCUAGAACAUUAUGGAGUCCAUCAUAAGGUUGCCACCGCCUAUCACCCGCAAACCAAUGGUCAAGCUGAGGUUUCUAAUAGAGAGAUUAAGAGGAUUUUGGAGAAAACUGUGUCAUCUUCAAGGAAGGAUUGGUCUACAAAGCUUGAUGAAGCUCUAUGGGCUUAUAGGAUUACCUUCAAGUCUCCAAUUGGUCUCACUCCAUUUCAAUUGGUGUAUGGGAAAGCUUGCCACCUUCCUGUAGAAUUGGAGCACAAAGCUUAUUGGGCUUUGAAGAUGUUGAACUUUGAUUCUCUUAGUACUGGUGAGAAGAGGAAGUUGGAGCUGCAUGCUCUUGAUGAAUUGAGGCUACAAGCCUAUGAAUCAUCCAAGCUAUACAAGGAGAAAGUCAAGAGUUAUCAUGAUAAGAAGAUUCUCAAGAGGGAGUUCAGGGCAGGCCAGUCGGUGCUACUGUUCAAUUCUAGGCUCAAACUAUUUCCUGGAAAAUUAAGAUCUAAGUGGUCUGGCCCUUUCAGAGUCAAGGAGGUGAAACCCUAUGGUGCCAUAGAAAUUGAUGAUCCUAAGGCACAGAGACAAUGGGUUGUGAAUGGACAAUGGUUGAAACCCUACUUGGGUGGAGAAAUGGCAUCCUCAAGCAAGCGUUCCCGCCCCGACCAACCUGGUCCGCCUCCCCGCAAGCCUAGUAGGCCUUAUUCCUGCUAA